AUGGUUUUAUAUGAGAGUGUUUUACAGCCAGGAAAGAGAUUUGAAUUUUGCUAUUCCUCUUCCUAUCAGGAUAAACGUGGAAUAGAAACAGCUUAUUACAAAUGUGUUGGUUGUAUGCAUGCUAAACGUUAUAAUGAUGGAAGGAGAAUUCCAAAAAUUGCUGUUCGCCAAGGACGUUUAAUCAAUUCAAACCCUGAUAGACCUUCAAAUUUUCCUCAUUUUUGCCAACCAAUUGAUUCAGCCGUUUCUGACCGUAGACAAAGAGAGAGGGAGAUUUCAGCAAGCACAAGUGGUCAAUCAUCUUCAACGUCAUCUCAACGAAGUAUAAUACAACAAAUUAAUAGAAAUCAAAAUUCAAGCCAAACUAUUCAAUCAAUCUCAGAAUUAGCCCAAGCAUCAUCAUCUAAUGCUUUAGCAGAAACUGCGCGAAACUCUCUCAUCUUUAAUCAAGCAAAGCCUGGACCAUCAAAUUUCUCCAAUUCCCCAUUCAAUUUCAAUAUUUCAUCAAUGGGAGUAUUACCAUCUUCUUCUUCAUCAUCAUCUUUAUUAGAUACUACUUCACAUUUAAUUGCUAGAGGUCCUUCGAUGAAUGAAGUAAUGCAGCAACAAAUACAGCAAUUGGCAGCCAGUUGUUUUGCAUCUACAGGAGUUUCUCCAAGUAACACAUUAAAUGUUACUUCACAAAAUUUACUUUUUGGAAUGGGAAUGACAUCAUCUAAUACAAAUGCAUGGCAACCAAUCACAACAACACAAUAA